CACAUUUCCCAAUCGUAAAAUUGUAUCCUACUCUUACGAAUCGAAUGAGCGCUUUAGUUUCGAUAUUUUAACACCGGCAAAUAAACAUGUAUGAAACAUAUAAUAUAAGCGAUGAGGUGCAGGGAAAGUGCCAGGCUAUUAUGCCGUUGGGUAUAUAAGGCUGGGACGUAGAAAACGAAGCGGUUCAGUCAGUGGUUAAGCGCCACACUAAAAACACACGUAAGCCGCAGAAUGAAAACGAAGAUUCAAUUAGCCCUUGUGGCGCUUCUGGCACUCUCUCAGAGUACCUGGGUGUACUGCGAGGAGACAGCUGCCUCGAAGAAGAUCGAGGAUUCAUCGGUGGAGGCUGCCGAAUCAGUAGCCGAGAAGAAGACCGAAAAGCGUGGGCUCGGUCACAGUUACGGCGAUUUUGGUGGUAGUUACGGGGGUGGAUAUGGCGGUGGUUACGAGUCACACGGACACGAGGAGCACGUUAAAACCGUGACAAUUGAGAAGAAAAUUCCAGUGCCGGUUGAAGUAACGAAACACGUACCUUACCUGGUGGAGAAGCCAGUGCCUUACGAGGUCAAAGUGGGUGUUCCACAGCCCUAUACCGUGGAGAAGCACGUCCCCUACCCUGUUAAAGUAUUCGUCAAAGUACCUGUUCACGUGCCCCAGCCGUACACCGUUGAGAAAAAAGUACCAUACGAAGUUAAAGUGCCUGUUGACAGGCCGUACGAGGUCAAGGUUCACGUGCCCCAGCCGUACGUAGUCGAGAAGCACGUUCCAGUACCGGUCAAAGUACCCGUUCCACAGCCGUACACCGUUGAGAAGCACGUGCCUUAUCCCGUCAAAGUGAAGAUUCCGGUACCAGCGCCCUAUCCAGUGGAGAAGCCAGUGCCUUAUGAAGUCAAGGUACCAGUUGACAGACCAUACCCAGUACAUGUACCAAAACCAUACCCAGUUACUGUUGAAAAACCGUACCCAGUACCUGUUGACAAACCAGUACCAUACGAGGUUAAAGUACCAGUUGACAGACCAUACCCAGUCCCUGUGGAGAAGCCCUAUCCAGUACCAGUCAAAGUGCACGUACCACAGCCGUACACUGUCCACAAACACGUACCGGUACCAGUUGAGAAACCCUAUCCAGUACCGGUUAAAGUACCCGUUGACAAGCCAUACUUUGUCGAGAAGGAAGUACCAGUACCUGUUGAAAAGGAGGUGCCGGUUCCCGUCAAAGUUCCAGUUCAUGUACCUGUUCAUGUGCACCAUGAAGAGCAUCAUGGACAAUACGGUGGAGAGCACGGUGAUAUCGGUGGGGGUGAUUUGGGCGGUGAUCACAGCGGUGGCUACGGCGGUGGCUACGGCGGUGGCCACGGCGGUUUCCAACCGUCCUACGGGUCUGAGGGUGGCGAGUACCAUCAUCAUUAAUAAAAAUUGUGUUUAUCUUUUAUUGUUAAAUUUGAAAUUUUAAGAGCUUCUGUACCUUGAUCACUUCGCACUAUUAUCUCGAAGAUUCUGUUACAUGUGAUAAAUAUUUUCAUGUACUGAGGAAUGAGGGAGGAAACUCAGCUCCUCCUGCGUCUCUCCCUGUGUCUCUCUUCUCUCAAUUAUGUAAUAUAACUCGUAGGCAAAUGAUGUGUCAACAAACUGAGCUCCAAAGGAUGA